AUGAAGAGCUACGGAGAAGACGACAUCCGCGCUUUGAUCCGCUCGUCCGCCUCGGCUGAGAUCAUUUUUCCACUCUCCGACACACUUCAAGAUCUGCUUGGGAUGUGCAAUUCGACCGAGAUGCAAUCGCAAUGCCUUGCGCAGCGGCUGGUUGAUGUCAUCGGCUCAAGCAAGGUUGUCUGGAAGGGACCCUUUGCCCGUCAGAAAAUGGUCUUGAGCUGUGGUCACAACAUCAUUCUGAAGGCCGUGCGAAACCUGGACGAUACAACUGAAUACACCACACUAGCCUAUCUUCACCAGCAUAACCCGAACAUAGCCGCACCCAAACCUCUUGUGUGGCCAUCUCUAACAACAGUCCAAAAAGGCUUGAUUAAGGAACAACUUACCCCGAUUAUGAAUGACUUGAGGUCUUUGCUGAUUUUCUCUUCAACAGCGAUCGGCCUGGUGGAGAGGUCUUUUGUUGAAGUGCUUCGUCAGCUCUCCCUUGCCACCCAAUUACCCUCGCCUGCAAUAGUCUUUACGCAUGGUGACCUUCGUCCAGAAAACAUUGCCGUAAAUUAUGAGAACAAUGAGUGGACCAUAAGUGGGCUUAUCGAUUGGAAAUACAGUGGAUUCUAUCCAAAAUAUUACGAAGCUAUCAGAUGCACGAACUGCAUGGCGCCUUACAAAGAAAAGGAUUGGUACCUAUUUAUACCGGAUUGUGAUUCACCGAAACGGUACAUGCAUUGGUGGCUGCUUGACCGGGCUCGGGAAGUGAGAAAUGUAUAG